UUACAAUGGUAGGCUAAUGCGAUAAGGCCUGUGGAGCUAGUAGGAGUACGGUAUAUAAUCAUGUACAUUUGUACAUGUAAAUCGAACUCAUGAAACUUCGAUGUAGUCAAUCUCGAGAUGUACAGACUAUUUGAAGACAAAUUCUUUACAUAUUAGUUUCCAAGAUGUCUGACAACUGUUACAAGAAAAGAGACCAAAGCCGAGAGGAAUAUACCGAGCAAGAGAACAGACUAACCAAUCGACACAUUCAAGCCUUGGGUUUGAUGCAAGAUAUUCAUCGAGAAAAUGAGGAGUUGAAAAAGCAAUUAAAGCAGUUGGAGGAUGAAUUGUCAAAUUGUGAAGAAUACCAUCGGAUUGCGAAGGAUGCUAAAGCUUUUAAGCAACAAGCGCAAGAUGAUUGCCUCAAAAAGAUUGAUAGGAACAGUGAGAAACUCAACAGGAAACACAAAGAAGAGAUGAUGUCUCUCAUAAGUUCCAAGCUACAGGCAGAAACUGAAUGGCUAGAAGAAAGAGAACGAUUGCAGCAGCUUUUGGAUCAACAUGAGAAACAGAAUGCGAUUUUAACUGACCAACUAGAAGCCCUCAAGAAACAUGACCUGAAAAUAGAUGUGGUUAAUCAACGCCUUGAUCAGUCUCUGAAGGAGAUGGUAGAGCUGAAAGAAACAAAUAAGCAGCUGAACCUUCAGAUAGAGCAGCUCCAAGAAGUUGAGAACAAUCAUGCUGCAACAUACCAGGAGAGGAUCCACCAGGUAGAGGGUGAGAAGGAGAUGUUGGAACUAGAGCUUCAGGAAGUCCAGCAAAGACUGCACGAGUUUGAGCUACGGGUAAAGGUCUUAGAGGAAGCAUUGAGUGCUGUAGGUCAACAAACCAAAGAGAGACAUUCUGCUAAGUCCAAACUGAGGCAACAACUUGAACAGGUUAGCAAGGAGAUCAUAAGCUACCAACAACAGAUCAUGGAACUAGAAGAGUUGGUGAGUGAUCUAAAGAAGGAGCUUCAAGACAGGACCAAUCAACGGGAUCAAGAGACCUCUACCAAGGAGAAGUUGUUGAUCUUCCUGCAGCAGUUACAGGAGGAAUGCAGGAGACUCAAGGAAGAGCUUGCUUCAAGACAACCAGAUAGGCAAGCUACUCAGGAGAGAGUCGGAUUCAGGGAGUUUGUCGGGAUGAGACGAGAGUUGAACAUUCUUAAAGAUGAGAAUGAUUGGUUGAAGCAGAGUAGGAAGAAACCCAAGUCAUUACCAAGUCUGAAAGGACCAAGUCCUGAUGGCUACCUCUCUGCUGAUUCUAAUAAUUCAAGAACUCUCAGACAAUCUAAAUCAGAGACCGCUGUCCGGGUCUAUAAAAGAUAACAAGAACAAAACAGUUUAGUAGUUUGCUUCUACCCAAGAAAGUACCUCGGAAAUAUAGUAUUUUGACAGAAAUCAUAUAGAUAUCAAAUGUUUUGUAAAUCAUUUUUGUUCUUGUGUCACGAAAUUGAUAAUCGACAUGUACAUGUAUGCAGGGCUAACAAUUCACUACAUUGUAGUCUUUGUUAUUUAUAAGAAGUGAUUUUUUUAUGUGGUUAAGAAUACUUAAUGAUCAUAUAGCUACAUGAAUGCGUAUGAAGGGAUAAUACAAUCAGACAUGAACCAAAGACAGUCUUUGUCUCAAUCCUGAGGGUUUUGAAGGUUGUCAAGGUUUUUGCAAAUGUAUUUUAUUUUUUAAAUAAUCAACCUCUUUUCACUAAAGUGAUUUAAAAUGUGCAACAUGUAAGACAAUUGUUUUAGGAAGAAUGUUGUUGAUCGAUG